AUUCUGUUGUCAAAUUAUUGAGAUAUUUAAAAAUUGUCUGUUCUUUUAUUUAUCAUUAUUUUUGGAAAUUGUUGAUUCUAGGGGUGACUACGAGUUUUAAAUAUUACGGGUUAUUAAUUGAAAGUCAAUCAUUAAUUAAUAUAAAAAAUGGGAGACGAAGUGAUAAAAUCAGAUUAAUUCAAAUGUCAUUAACAUUUUUUUAUAUAAAUAAUCGUCGAUUGGAAAAGUUUUCUACAAUCAAAAUUUCAAGUCAUUGGAUAAUUUUUACGAUUUUAUUGUCAUUGUUUAUUGGUAAUUACUAGUUUUUUUAUAGUGUUGAAAAAUAUAUAAAGAGCUGCACCUGACAAUUCAUAAUAUUUAGAACUCACAGUUGUUUCUCGUUGAAUUAAAAUCUUUAACGAAAGAAUGUUUGAUAAAUUUUUUAAUCUCUAGUCUCUGAGACCUUUGAGAUAUUUAAUUAAUUAUUUUCUAAACUACAAUUAAUUAAUCUCCAGUAAUAAAUGUUUCUUGCAAUGAGAGAACCCCCCAUUUCGUUUUGCAUUAAUUUACUUGAGUAUUUAUAAAUUACACUUCACUUACAAUCUAACAAUUACUCAUUAUUUCAUCUAAUUCGAAAUUUCUUUGAGACAAAAAAUUUAAAUUAAUUUCUCAUUAAAAAAUUGCACAAUUAUCAUUUAAAACGUAAUGUCUAGUGAAUUACCUGGGAAUUCCAAAUUAAUUUUGACAUUUCCAGUUUUAAUGAGAAAUUAAUAAAAAUUUCUUACAAAUUUUACUACAACCCGCGAAAAUCCAAAUAAUUUCCCUAAAUAAACAAAUUGGAGUAAAAAUUGAAUAAAAACCCAUAAUUUCCCAUCUCUCAAGCUUUACCAAAAAUGAUAUCGACUUCUGCUCUCAAAAACGAAUGAUUCUGCUGAUGAUCUAUGAAAAGACAUUUCUUAAACCCAAAAAAAUGAUGUACCACACGUAUCACUGUUGUUAGUAACGUAAGGUAUGUUUGAUCAAUGAAUAUGUGUACAUAACUGAUCGUCUCGACUUCAUGAACCCUCGACAAACCAAUUUUAUAAUAUAUUUUGAUUAAAAAACGACUACUAAAGAUUAAAAUAAAAUGUGCCUGUGUAUUGGUCCCAUUAAAUCGGGAAAAACAAUGCUGAUGAAGAGACUGCAGGACGGUGACCUAGAUGAAGCCUCUCAGACAGUUCCAACAAAUGGUGUCAAUCUUUUCACAGUUCGUAGCAAGGAUGGACACUUUGAUAUUGUAGUCAAGGAGAUUGGUGGCUGCAUGGCACCGAUGUGGAAAAAUUACUUCUCUAGAAUAAAAAAAAUUAUUUACGUGAUAGAUGCUAGUAAUUUGUGUCAAAUAAGUGCAGCUGGUGUUUUACUUUACUCAAUACUGGUGGAGCCCAAGCUGGAUAAUAUCAAAAUAGCUCUUGUCCUGGGGAAGAUGGACUUGAGUUACAGACAAAUGAGGAAUGAGGCUCUUCUUAUGAUUCAUUUUGCAAGACUGAAGAGAGAAGUUCAGCAGAAAAUUACUGUCAUUGAGGCCAGUGGCAUGACUGGACAGGGAGUGGAGAUCAUCAGGGACUGGAUAUUCGAUCCUGAGACACUCAAAGCUGUUGGAUCCACUGGAAAUGCUGCUGCUGCUGCCAAUGUCGAUGCUGUUUUACCACUGAAAAAAUAAAAUUAUGAAGUGAGAAAGAAAUUUUAAAAUUUUUCGUCAUUAUUGUUGAUUAAUCUCGUGAUGAUUUUCUUACGAUUUCUGAUGAUUAAAAAUAAUUGAAAUUCUGUUUUUUUCAUAAUCACUCGUUUAUAAAUUGAAUUAUUUAUUUAUUCAAAGCCCUGUUGUUUUUUCAGUUAAAUAAGUAUUUUUUCAUUAAUAUAAUAAAAAGCCAAAUGAUAAAUUCCAAUUCAAAUGAUUUAUUUAGUUAUCUUCUA